AUGUCCACCCUCACCACCAGCGGCAGCUUCACCACCGACGUCCCCACCAUCCUCUGUCUAACCAUGACUCUCUCCCUCCUCCCCUUCGCCGGCCUCCUUACCAUCUUCCUCAUUCCAUCAACCAGUGCCAAAUACCACCGCAUCCUCUUCUGUUGGCACGCUUAUGACGCGCUCACCCAUUUCGUUGUUGAGGGCUCCUUCCUCUACAACUGCUUCUUCUCGUACACGACAAUCGACAGCGCCACCGCAAGGCAUAUCCGCAAUCCCCCCUUCCUCAACCACCCGCAGCGCCUGUAUGGAGCGGCGUACGGCACGGGUCCUAUGGCUCGUUUGUGGCAAGAAUACGGGAAAGCGGAUAAAAGGUGGUUGGGGGCGGAUGCAGCCAUUAUUUCCCUGGAGCUUCUUACCGUUUUUCUGGGCGGGCCGGCGGCGACGUAUAUUUGCUAUCUUGUCUACAAAUCAUCUUCUUCCUCUUCAUUGUCGACGGCGCAAAGGGCAAAGUGCCAGUUUCAGAUGUGGUUCGUGGCGGUCGGACUGGCGGUUGCAGAGCUGUAUGGUGGAUUCAUGACGUUUGCGCCGGAGUGGUUGACCGGGAGUCAGUCGUUGAAUACGGGCGAUCCGAUGUUUCUAUGGCUUUACCUGGUGUUUUUCAACAUUUUGUGGGUGUUCUUGCCGAUAUGGGUGUUAAAGCAAGGGUGGGAAGAAAUCAAGGGGCAGGUUGUUGGUGCUGCGUUAUCCGGAAAGAAGGGGACUUCCAAGAAGGAAUUGUAG